AUGGCGUGGAGGCGACUGGCGAGCGGCGCCGCCGCGGCGCAUCUCCGGCGGGGCGGCCUCUCUCCCCACUUCGCCCCCGCCCGCACCUUCUCCGCCCUCUGCGGCCCUCCCGCCGCCAGCCCUACCCUUCCCGUCAGGCACGCGUUGCAGGGCAUCUGGUCGCGGUGUUCGAGCUCGACCCCCGCGUUUCAGGCUCGCGCCCCCAUGCUCCGAGCUCUGCUGGCCGCGAGGGUGUCCCCCGGAGUUCGUCCGAAGCUUCCAGGUUUGCUGAGGGGAUUUGGGACCGGGGGCACCGCAAUUGCUGUGAUGCUUUAUCCCACAAAGGUUGCUGAGGCACAAGAGCGACCGACAAAGAGCCCAUCAGAAGAUAUCACUGUGCUCUCACCAUAUGCGAAACAAGUUCUUAGGAAAUUCUGGAAUUUGGUCAGAAAAUUUCAGCUGCCUAUCGGUUUGAUUCUUUUGAUUGUGUAUGGUUGGCGGAAACCAAUGGUUCUUGCCAUCAACACAUUGCUUCUUCUCUACUCUACAAGGCCGGACCCCUAUUCCAUAUAUUUGUUUCUUCAGGAGAGGUCAUCCAGACAAGAAAAGUUGAUACCGAAGACUACAAGUUCUUUUCUAUUGGGACGGUCGAAUUAA